AUGCUCAAAUCUGCCACAAAAACCUCUGCAAAAAUUAUAUCUUCUUGUAAUAAUAAUCCCAAAAAAAUAAAUAAGGGAAAGUCUAAGGUUUUCGAGUUAGGAUCUGUAAAAAUCACUUCUGCAUAUGAGGACUCUCCUAAAAGGCAACGACAUUUUGGUUUGGAAGAAGGAAAGACAUUCUACCCGACACAUGAAGAGUUUCAGAAUCCGUUUGAAUAUUUUGAAAAAAUACGGCCGGAUGCAGAAACGUGGGGCAUUAUAAAGGUAAUUCCGCCUAAAGAGUGGAAACCUAAUUUUACAUUGGAUGCUGAGGCAUUUCGCUUCAAGACUCGUGUUCAGAGGGUAAAUACUAUGCAAGGUGAAACCCGACUUCGCCUUAAUUAUUUUGAACAACUCCAGAAAUUCCAUGCGAUGUUCGGGAAAUCCUUGUCUAAACUACCACAUCUAGAUAGGGCACCAAUUGAUUUAUAUCUGCUUGCUAAAUCCGUCAGAAAUCGAUCGGGACCUCAAAGAGUCUCGCAACUUAAACAAUGGGCUCAAGUCGCUCGAGACAUAAAACCCAGUGGUUAUUCCAAGAGAUGUACGUCGGCUUCAAAGACACUCAAAGAUUGCUUUUAUGACUAUGUACAUCCAUUUGAAUAUUAUACGCAAAAUGCGAAAAAUUCAAGCAAAACCAAUGGAUCGAAUACAGAAGAUAUGGACAUAGAUGAUAAUCAAGGCACCAGCACCCCAGUCAAUCAAAAUAUAUGUGGUGAAUGUGGUCAGGAAAUUUAUCGUGAACAAUUGGCAUAUCUUUGUCAGGGGGAUUGCGAAAAACCAUUUCACAGAAAAUGCUUGCACCUUCUUAAUGAGAUUACUCGCGGGAGCAACUUUUAUUGUCCUAAUUGUAUCGUUUCUAUCGGGAGUGAUUUCGGUUUUGGCGAAGGAUCAGAGUAUUCGCUUGCCGAGUUUCAGAAAAAAGCGGAUAAUUUCAAAGCGAACUAUCUACAAAAGCAUCCGCCUGAAGGAGAAACAAACAUUGAAGAUCAUAUUGAAGCGGAGUUCUGGCGGCUAGCUCAAUCAAUAGAGGAAAAUAUGGAUGUUGAAUAUGGAGCAGAUAUAAAUGCGAUGGAUUAUGGAAGUGCUUUUCCUGAUCCUGAGUUGCAUCCACUAGACCCAUAUUCAAAACACCCCUGGAAUCUAAGAAAUUUGCCACGGCACCACGGUUCUCUCCUUCAUCUCAUCCAACCCGAGAUCCCCGGCAUGAUGGUGCCAUGGCUUUAUGUAGGAAUGGCAUUUUCAGCUUUUUGCUGGCACGUCGAAGACCAUUACACAUACUCAAUCAAUUACAUGCAUUUUGGUGAGACCAAGACUUGGUAUGGUAUUCCAUCAUCUAGCGCUGAUCGAUUUGAGGAGGUUGCACAAACAUUGGUGCCAGAAUUCUUUGAAAAGCAGCCUGACCUCUUAAAUCAGCUCACUACCAUACUAAGUCCUAGCAAACUUGUGAAAGCGGGAGUAAAAGUAGUUGCUAUUGAUCAGCGACCAAAUCAGUUUGUUGUGACGUAUCCGCGCGCCUAUCAUGCUGGAUUCAAUCAUGGAUUUAACAUGAAUGAAGCAGUUAAUUUCGCGUUACCUGAUUGGGUUCCCUAUGGACAAGAUUCUAUUAAUUAUUAUAAAACGAUUGCUCGUCCUCCGGUUUUUUCGCAUGAGAGACUUUUGCUUGAACACGCGCUGAGAAAUUAUAAUAACCCGAGGAUAGCUCUUUGGCUCAAAGAACCCGUCGAAGAAAUAUGCAACCGCGAGAUACAAAUGCGACACAAAAUACGGAGAGAAUUGAGGUUAAAAGAACCUGUUUAUGAAAUUUUUGAUAGGGAUGAUCCACAUAUUACAUGUGUCGCGUGCAAACAGUAUUGCGCCUUAUCUCAAGUGGCUUCUUACUGUAAGCCGGCAGUCGUAUGUCUGGAACACGCGAAAGAACAUUAUCAGGAGGUUUGCAGUUGCGGAAAAGGAUGCCAAUACCUUCGUAUAAGAUAUUUGGAUGAACAUCUUAACAGCCUUGUAGGCGCCUUAAACCAAACUCAAAACAACACGAGAGACUGGAUGGAAAAUUAUUGCACAUAUUUCAAAGAGACGGAAAAUCCUAAGCUUGCCGACUUACAAAAGUUAUGGCGACAAGCAAAAUCUCUGCAAAUGCCGAUCAAUCUAGAUUACCUUGAAAACUUUAUCGACAAAUCAAUUGAUUGGACAGAACGCACACAGAUGUAUAGCCAAAUUAUUAAUGAACAUUUAAUGCCAUAUUCGCAAAGACCGCCUGAAUUUAAAAUUGCCGAGUUCUUGCGCCGAUGGGAACGGAGACUCGAUGACGAAAACACUACUGGAAGAGAUAAUAAUGAAGAUGCUGAAGAGGACGAAGAAUACAUUUAUGACGGGGAAGAUCAAGGUGAUGAAGGGAAACGAUACUGCUUUUGCAGAAACAUGGAUGGUGAAAGUUUCAUGAUCUUGUGUGAACGUUGCGGAACCUGGUAUCAUGGAGAAUGCGUAAAUGCAAAACCUGGAACAGUAUCAACCAAGAAGAAAGACAAGUGGUACUGCGACAUGUGUCAGCCAUGGGAAGAAAGAAAUAUCAUCGAGGAAGUAUUAAAACAAGCGGAACUCGGGGAAACUAUGAAUUUCACCCCACUAUUCUCUCGAGAAUUCACGAAAAUCAUAACAAAGAUCAAAAACUGGCUGACUGUUCGAAAUGCUGCCUUGUCGGGCGAAUCAAUAUUCGACGACAAGACAACAAAAAGAAAAUUAUAUGGUAUGGGAUUAAUGUGGGCAAUCCCAAAGAAAGCGGCCGAAAAAACGUCAAAGACUAACCCCAUGAAGAGGAAAAGGGACGUAUGUGGAGAGUAG